GGAAAGAUCGCGCCACGUCCCGGCUCACUCGGUACUACUGGUGGCCAAGCCGGUGGAGCUCCAUCGGAGAUUAUGUCUCGAUGUGCGAUCUUUGCCAAAAGCCGAAGAUUCCACGACAUUGCCUCUAUAGCCUUCUGGAUCCUCUUAGGACACUAUUGCGACGAUGGGAGAACCUGUCCGUCGAUCACAUCACCGUACUCCUUUCGAGCAAUGGAUGGAACGCAGCCUUUGUCAUCGGGGAAUGGUUUGGCAAGAUGGGCAGAUUCAGCCAGUCCUGGAGCACCGACGACUCUCACGAGCUAGCCAGGCAGUUCGUGCGACGCGUCUUCGUCGACCAUGGUUUCCUCAAGUCCAUCGUUUCGACCCCCCCCCUUCCCCCCUUCCCCCGACUCGAAGUCAUUUCCAAGCUUUCGGUUACUUAUCAUGCCGCUAGCAACAGGUAACCCGAAGAGCCAAUCAGACCUUGGAAGCGCAUAUGAGCAUGUCAUUGGGAGCCAGCUAGCCCAGUCGCUCUGGAGAUACUCCACGUAACAUCUAACGCACGCUUCCAUGGUCUGAUUGGCACUUUCAGUUUGCCUAUCGGUAGUGGCAUGAUAGGCAGACGAAAGCUUUGAUGUGAACUUGAGUUAUCGUAGGAUGUCGCGUAAGAAAUGCAACGCAAAGGUAGGCUCCCGGUCCGAAACGAUGAGCUUGUCUGUCUGCUUCUGGCGCUCUGUUC